CACAAUACUGUGUCUCAAACACCAAUUUGAAUUAUUUAUCCAAGAUGGCGCUGUUGUUGCCAGCCCUACAACUGGUCUCGUGGCUUGUGCUGCAGGUGCUGGCGUUGGCGCUGCACCUCGCUCCGGCAGCUGUGGCCCUCACGACCUUAACUGCCAUCGUGCUGGUGUCGGCCAUGACGACACAGGCACUGGAGCAUGGCAUGUUGGCAUCAAUGCACCGCUCCAAAUGGCACAAAAGCUCACAGUAUGAUGAUCUACGCCGCGACUUCUACCGCGGCUAUUGGCUACUCACACUGCUCUACGUAAUCGCCUCGGCACUGUGGAUCUACUUCACAGAGAGGACAGGGUCUCGCGUCGUGUAUGGAUCCGUCUUCUGCGCGCUGUGGUGGGGAGUGCAGCUGGCGAUGGUCGUAGCUCUCACCCCGUUCGACGAGAUGCUGACCAAGAUCAAGGCAUCGGUCAAGUGGUGAAACGGCUUACGCGCCCAGGAGCGAUAGUAGUUUGAAGAUACACCGCGACGGAGAUGGCAGUAAAGACGCUUGAUGAAGCAGACCGAACGUCGAUUUUAGAGCGAAUGUGGACCCGUCGACCGCAUACAACCAGGUGUGACGCUUUUCUCGCAUGCUGUUGGUAUUCGCAGAUGAACCGAUGAUUGUGCCAUGCGUUGCAAUAAAUGACGUUGUACACUCAAACAUGUUAGUGUGCUUUCGACUGCUUUAGACAAAUGCUUUCACUACUGUUGCAUUCAUCAAUCAACUUUGCG